CUGGACCCUCCCGCUUAUUAGCCGACCAGGACGCGCACUAGCUCCGCCUCCGCCCUCCAAACCCCUCCCCUUCCACUCUCAAAACUAUUUAGCAUCUGAAACGGGGAUAACGUUUCCAAAAGAAUUUAAGGAAAAAACUUCACUGCGUGAGGAGAAGCGUGCCAACCUCAAGUUUGAAAUCCAGUUCCUUCCGAAGCGAGAGGAGCAGAGAGCGGGGCAUCCCGAAGGUUAUACUCCCCUCCAUCUUCUCGGAUAUCUACACCUUUUUUUUUGUUCUUCUUCUUCUUCUUCUUUUUUUUUUCUUCUGUGGAACUUUUUGGUUGUUGUUGUAACCACGGCUUCAACGGUGGACGGCGUGUUUUCUGCUCUAUCCCUGCAUUUCCUCGAGGAAGACAUGGAAGAGGGCUGCAGCUCCCCGGUGUCCCCUGCGGAUAGUCUGGUGACCAGCGAGGAGGAGCUGGACACCACGCAGGAGAGCAGCUUCCCGGCGAAGAAGAGGCAGAGCAAGAAGCCCAGCGAGGACAGCAGCGGCGGCGGCGGCGGCAGCAGCCCCGGUCCCGUGAAGCGGGUCAAGAAGCCGAGCCCGAGUAGCAACCAGUCGUACGAGGAGCUGCAGAACCAGCGGUGCCUGGCCAACGUGCGCGAGAGGCAGCGCACGCAGUCUCUGAACGACGCGUUUUCGUCGCUGCGCAAAAUCAUCCCCACGCUGCCCUCGGACAAACUGAGCAAGAUACAGACGCUGAAGCUCGCCUCCAGGUACAUCGACUUCCUCUGCCAGGUGCUGCAGAGCGACGAGAUGGACAACAAGAUGUCCAGCUGCAGCUACGUGGCGCACGAAAGACUCAGUUACGCGUUCUCCGUGUGGAGGAUGGAGGGCGCGUGGUCGAUGUCAGCAUCUCACUAGCGAGGGAGAGAGAGAGAGAGAGAGAGACCUUCAGGCAACCGGAGCGACUGUUUACUUCUACAGAGUAUGAAGACCAAAGGGAUUAUGGAAGAACCCAUCGACCUCAAAGCCAUGGCGGAGAGACGUAAUGUGACCCACAACUACAAACUCUUGGGGAGUGCGAGUGUGUGUGAGUGAGUGAGUGAGUGAGUGAGUGUGUGUGUGUGUGUGUGUGUGUGUGUGUGUGUGUGUGUGUGUGUAUGUGAAGAUGCAGAUUCCUCACACUGCUUCUGACUGUCUGGAGCUGUGUGUGGCAGAGAGAGGAGGGGCAGAGAGACCUGCAAUGCCUAAAGGCCAACCGUGUUACAGAGCUCGGCCUGUGCUUCAACAAAAGCCAUCCUUUAAUCGUUUUUUUUAAGAAUGAUGUGUAUGUAUAUAUAUAUAUAUAUAUAUAUAUAUAUAUAUAUUGUUUUUCAAAGACUUUAAACCAAAGUAUAAAUAUAUAUAGAUGAAUGCAUAUUGUACAUAAGUACGCCUGUAGCCUGUAAAGGGACCAAUGCAAUUUAGUCAUUUGCUGCAUGGAUUUGUUUCACUGACUUUCUUUCGCAAGUCUCCAAACUCCGUCCAAUGUACAUUUAUUUUGUUUUUGCUUAUUUAUUAAAACACAUAUUUUUGAACGAAA